CACAUCUGUAACAGUCCUGGCACAACCCACUGGGAUUCCAGAAUGGGGGUCCUGCCCAGGGCCCUGCCAUCCAUACUGCUGGGGUUGCUGCUGACAUCCACUCCAGGGUCUCUGGGUGCCAACCCUGGCCUGGUCGCCAGGAUCACCAACAAGGGCCUAGAGUAUGCGGCCGAGGAGGGGCUGCUGGCUCUACAGACGUUGCUGCGCAGGACCACGCUACCCGACUUCUCGGGGGACUUCAAGAUCAAACAUGUCGGCCGUGGGCAGUAUUCAUUCCACAGCCUGGACAUCCACAGCUGUGAGCUGCGUGGCUCUGCUCUGAGGCCCCUCCCAGACCAUGGCUUGAGUCUCAGCAUCUCCGACUCCUCCAUCCGGAUCCAGGGCAGGUGGAGGGUGCGCAAGGCAUUCCUGAAACUACAAGACUCCUUUGACCUGAGUGUCAAGGGCAUCACCAUUUCAGUGGACCUCCAGCUGGGCAGUGAGCCCUCAGGGAGGCCCACAGUUACGACCUCCAGCUGCAGUGGCCGCAUCCGUGAUGUGGACGUGGACAUAUCAGGAGGUUUGGGGUGGCUACUGAAUCUCUUCCACAACCAGAUUGAGUCCAAGUUCCGAAGAGUAUUGGAAAGCAAGAUUUGUGAAAUCAUCCAGAAAUCAGUAACCUCCGACCUACAGCCUUAUCUCCAAACUUUGCCAGUCUCAGUAGAGAUUGACAAUUCCAUUGGCAUUGAUUAUAGUUUAGUGAAUGCACCUCAGGCCACAUCCCAGAUGCUGGAUGUGUUGUUUAAGGGUGAAAUUUUUCCACUUAAUGGCCCCGCCUCAGUUGCCUUCGUUGCUCCAGCCAUGAGCCUUCCCAAGGAACACGACAAAAUGGUCUACUUUGCCAUCUCGGAUUACAUCUUCAAUACCGCCAGCCUGGUUUAUCACGAGGCAGGGGAGCUGAGCUUCCUCAUCACAAAGGACAUGAUUCCACCUGACUCUCCCCUCCAGCUGACCACCAAGUCCUUCCGGGUCUUUACUUCUCGGCUAGCCAGGCUGUACCCCAACAUGGACAUGGAGGUCCAGGGAGCAGUGAUCUCUGCCCCAGUCCUGAACUUCAGCCCUGGAAAUCUGUCUUUGGCCCCCCAAAUGGAGAUUGAGGGCUUCGUGAUCCUGCCCAGCUCCGCCAGAGAAUCUGUUUUCCGGCUCAGUGUGGUCACUAAUGUGUUCAUCGAAUUGACCUUCAACACCAGCAAGAUCAGUGGGGUCCUGAAGCCAGGAAAGGUACAAGUGGAGCUGAAGGAAUCCAAAGUUGGAGGAUUCAAUAUGGAGCUGUUAGAAGCAUUCCUCAACUACUACUUUAUCAACAACCUCUACCGCGAGGUCAACGAUAAACUGAUCAUAGGCUUGCCCCUCCCUCUGCUAAAGCGUGUUCAGCUCUAUGACCUUGUUCUCCAGAUCUAUAAGAACUUCCUGUUCGUGGGUGCCAAUGUCAAGUACAUGCGAGUCUGAGGACGAGAAGGAAGAUGGGGCUGGGAGUUAGAUCGACGCGUUGCGUUUCCAGAUUUGCAGCGUUUCUCCAGAGUUUCUCUCAGAGGAUGAGGACAUUUCUGUUCUCAGCUCUGAAGGCAAGGUCUGCCUGGCCUCUGCCACCACCUGCCUCCUCUUCCCCGGGAGCACGCCUGCCCUCUCUGACUCUGAACCUCACCUUCUCCUCUAGGAAGGACCAGCAUCCCCCACUGGCCUGGGAUAUCUUUAAGAUCAGGCAUUGUAUUUUUUUAUUUGUCAUCUGAUCCUUGCGCCUAGCAGGGUGCUGGCACUUAGUAGGUCCUCAACAAAUAUUUAUCGAAUGAUGUAAUGAAGGAAUCACAGUAUUCUGGCCGAACCUCCUCUGCCCACCCUUUUCUGGCCAGAGGAGUCUUUGUAUGGUCAGUCCCGUCUGUGAUCUCCAAGGCUAGAUGUUGGCCACUCUCCUCUUUCUCCUCUAGGAGCCUAAAUGAGAGACCAGGGAUUCUGCACACACGCCGCCCUGGACCUGGCAUGGAUGUUUGUCUCUGAGGCCCUUGCCCUAUCUCAAGCAGAGGCUGGCUUGAACAUUUCUCCUUCCCUCACUCUUUGUCUGCUACAAGCAGGGGAGCCAGUGAGUCUCCCAGAGAAAAAACACAGCCUCCUGCUGCUUUCCCCAUUGAAGCAGGAAAAUAAGACCAAAUGGAUCCGCCCAGGUUUUUGGUCCAAUCCAAAUAAAAUCCUCAUCCAACGGUUGUUUAUGAGCCGAAAGCCUGGAGGGAGAGGUCAUGAUUUCUAAUUACUGAACAAUGAGCCUUUGAUCAGACUUAAUAAAGAGUCAUUUCCAAGAUAUGUAGUUGGGUUCCCGGA